AUGGCAACCGCUCAGACAACGUCAAGGAAGAAAACUGUUCUGACGAUCAAAGAAAAAUAUCUUGCUUUGAAAGAGCUUGAAAAAGAAGGAACAACUAAAAAGUCUAUUGCUAAAAAGUAUGGUGUCCCACCUAACACACUUUCAUACUGGGUUAAGAAUAAAAGUGACAUUUUUACCAAGUAUGAAUCAGGCCAGUAUGGAGUUAAAAGACAAAAGCUUUCUUCCGGAAAAUACGAUAACAUUGAUAAAGCAGUUUACAAGUGGUUCGUUAACGCUCGUGAAAGAACUGUGCCGAUUAGUGGUCAAAUCAUUCGAGAAAAAGCAUUGGAUUUUGCAAAGCAAUUCAACGAACCUGAUUUUAAAGCUUCAGAAGGCUGGCUAGACAGAUGA